AUGUCGGCCAGCACGCUGUCGAACUUGUUGGCCGAAGAGAAGUUCAUCGCCGAGGCCUUCACAACAGCUAACAUAGCAAGCAGUAACAUUGGUCGAAACACUGAAGCGAUCGAGCUAAUCAAAGCCCACUACAACAAAGAGGAACCAGACACAUCAUUAAAGUCAUCAAUUAAAGAUCUGAUAGAGGCAUGUACAGAGAUCCAGAAGCAUGAGAUGGAAUCCAAAGCGCACAUUCAAGCAAAGAUAACAUCUGAGAGCAAGUCGUUUGAACAGUUCCCAAUCAGGUUGGAGUGGACAGAUGGUGAUCGUGGUAGGAAGAUGGUGGCAUCGAAAGACAUCCCCAAAGGCACUGUUCUGCUUCGAGUUGCUCCAUUGGCAUCAACUUUAAACAUUGACAAGAUGGACUCUUAUUGCUCUGCCUGCUUCCAAAGCACUCAUAACACCAAUAUCAAGAUUCAUACAUGUUCAAGGUGCAAGCUCAUACUGUGCGAUAUGUGUCGCGAUGAUAAUGUGACAUGGAUGGAGCAUGAAGCUGGGUGUGCACUUCUUAAUACAUUGCCAUGGUCACAGUCCAAUAAGCUCAAGACAAAUGCACGCAUCGCCAUGGUCAUUGUGAUGCGACAUAUAAAACAGGAGGGCAUCCCAGCAGCUUGGCGCAAAGAUGGUCUACCAUUCAUCCACGAUUCAUUCCAAGACCUUAUGAAGAUAUGCCUUAGAGACCAAGACGCUCUGGUGGAUUAUAACGAAUUGAAAGACUGGGCCACAACGCUCGAAGAACAUUUCAAUGAUGAUGAUGAAGUGACCAACCUUAGCAAGGACUACAUGUUGAACAUCCUCCGUGCUAUGGCACCUAAUGUCAGGGAGGUGACCGAUGUGAUCAGUCAAACUACGUUGGGCGCUGGCAUCUACCCAAGUGCAUCACUCAUCAAUCAUUCAUGCACGCCCAACAGCCACUCGUACAUGGACAACUAUGGAAUGCUGGUCUAUCGCAGCAAUCACACAGAGCUACGUCGAUCCACUACUUCCCACAACCCAGAGACGAAGGAAGUUGGUGGACGACUACAACAUCUUUUGCGAGUGCAGUCGAUGCAAGACGAUCGAGCAAACAGAGUAUCAAUGUCCAAAGUGUGGCCAAGCAAUGGGAAUGGAUAA